AAGUCCAGGAUCCAGUUGCAGAGGGAGGUGUUUAGUCCCAGCAGGCUCAGCUUCCCAAUCAGGUGCUGAGGGAUGAUCGUGUUGAAUGCUGAACUGAAGUCUAUGAACAGCAUUCGUACGAAAAUAAUGCAUCCUGCCACACUGCAGAAAUCGCUCAGUAACAGUUUGAGGAACAUGAGUUCAACUUUGAGUUCAAGGUGUUGAGUUCAAGGUGAAAUUCUUCACAUCUUCACAUGUGGUAUGUUCCGGACCAAAAAAGUCCGAUCCACGGAAGCCCCACCUCUCGGCUUGCGGGACUUAAAGCAUCUUCUGCUAAGGUCUUGGUGCCAGAUACCACAAGGACUCCAUACCUUGAUGGGUCGGAGCUGUUAUACUGGGACAAGGGGACAAAAAAUCACGUUAGGCAGGUGGUUUUAACGACAGUCCACUAGACUUACACUCGAGAUAAUGACUUUACAACCCAAGUGUGAAAGUGUGGAGACGGCAGAAGGAGUGGCCAUUACGGUCACUGGAGUGGCUCAGGUGAAGGUUAUGACGGACCGUGACCUGCUGGCCAUUGCGUGUGAGCAGUUCUUGGGGAAAUCUGUUAUGGAAAUCAAGGGUGUGGUCCUGCAAACCCUGGAAGGGCAUUUACGCUCAAUUUUAGGCACUUUAACAGUCGAACAAAUCUACCAGGACAGAGACAAAUUUGCCCAGCUGGUGCGUGAGGUCGCAGCACCUGACGUGGGCCGAAUGGGCAUCGAGAUCCUGAGCUUCACCAUCAAAGAUGUGUACGAUAAGAUGGACUACCUGAGCUCGCUGGGGAAAACUCAGACGGCUGCUGUGCAGAGGGACGCAGACAUCGGUGUAGCCGAGGCAGAACGAGACGCCGGCAUUAGAGAAGCCGAGUGCAAGAGGGAAAUGAUGGACGUGAAGUUCUUAGCCGACACCAAAAUGGCCGAUUCCAAGAGGGAGCUGGAGCUGCAGAAAGCGUCGUUUAACCAGGAAGUGAACACCAAGAAAGCUGAAUCUCAGCUGGCGUACGAGCUCCAAGCGGCGAAGGAGCAACAGAAGAUCCGUCUGGAGGAGAUCGAGAUCGAGGUGGUGCAGAGGAAGAAGCAGAUUACCAUCGAGGAGAAAGAGAUCGACAGGACAGAGAAGGAGCUGAUCGCUAUGGUCAAGCGUCCUGCCGAGGCAGAGGCUUACAAGAUGCAACAGCUGGCUGAGGGCCAGAAGGUAAAGAAGGUGUUGAUCGCACACGCAGAGGCGGAGAAGAUCCGGAAGAUCGGCGAGGCGGAGGCCAAAUCUAUCGAGGCGGUAGGCAAAGCCGAGGCAGAGAAAAUGAAACUGAAGGCAGAAGCCUACCAGCAGUAUGGAGAAGCAGCCCAAACUGCUCUGGUCUUAGAAGCACUGCCAAAGAUUGCUGGCAAAGUCGCUGCACCUCUAGCCAAAACCAGUGAGAUUGUUAUUCUAAGCGGAGACGGCAGCAAAGUGACAGGGGAAGUGAAUCGCCUACUGGCCGAGCUACCUGUGACCGUCAACGCACUUACAGGGGUGGAUCUGUCCAAGAUCCCUCUGCUGCAGAAGAUGACCAACGCUCAAGCCUGAGACGUGACGGAGUUCUCGACCUCUUCCUUUUAAUAUGAUUUAUGCACUCACUAUGAAUGCCUUCGGAACACUUAAACGUUAAAAUAAUGAAGUUCAGAACUGAUUUUCGAUGCCUCUGGUGCCUUAAUGUUUUAUAGGACCAGAAUAUUUGCAUGUACUGCUGCUCCUCAUUUCCUCUUCAUGUUUAUAUGUUCUCAGUAUAUUUAUUUGUGACUGAUCUGGUACACUACAGUACAUGUUGAGAGUUAAUGAUACACAGGUUUUUCAUUGUAGCAUUGUAUUUUAUGUGCAUGUUAAACCCAUGUCAUAUAGUAUUUUUAGUAUUUAUUUAUUUAUUUAUUUUUCAUAGGUCAUUUUUAUUAUACGUUUAUCUGCCUGCAGUACAGCUGCUGAUGUUUUAGAGGUCAGUUAUUCAGGAAAUACAAAAAUUGCCACAAAGUCUACAGAGUACUGUUUUAAGACAACUUCUGUACUCUUGGAUGCAAUCAACCAAGUGCUACUUCUUUAUACUUCCCUCCUUCAUAUAUCGUUAGCUGGAUAAUUAAAGUUUAAAUGUUUGCAUUUUAUUAGUGAAUGAAUCGAUGAUAAUUUAACUGUGAUGUGCUUUGGGGAAAAUACCUUAUUAUUAGCUUUGGAAGGGAAUUGUCCAGGGGCUAAAAGGGUUGUGGAUCUAGAGGUUUUCUCUGUGUGGAAAUGCAGUGAUCAGGGAUGGUGAAGGAUGGCAGAGUCUAAUAUCGCUGGUCUGAUUCUAGGUCCCAAGUCCCAGGAUGCCCAUCUGUGUGACCUAUCAGAAGCACUACUAUAUUUACAUUAGACAGAAUGAAUCAUUUUUAAUCCAUCCAUUUUACACGACAUUCCAGAUCUAACACUGAGCAGUUGAGGGUUGAAGACCUCUCCUGUAGCGGCCGAUGUUUAAACGGACAACCUUCAGAGCUGCCGCUGUUCGUUUUUUUAACAUCAUUUUUGUCUUGCAUUAACGUCCCGUGUCACGUCGUAUGUAUAUUCAUAGAAGUUUCUACACGGUUUAUGUGAUCUGUCACUGUGAAAGUUCCUGUCCAUUUCUUCUGUUAGAAUUUGUUGGUGUGUAUUGUGUAUAUGUGCCACGCUCAGUUGUGUUGUGAGCGGCAGUAACCGUUAUAUCCUUGUUGUUUUAUUUUUUCUUAUAAACUGAUGCUGACUACAGACAACGAAGCCAAGAAAUCUGUCAUUUCUUUUUAGUCGAUUCGUUUAUAUGAAACUGAAAACCAAAACCACACACAAACAUUAUACAUUUGUGGCAAUUACUUUUUUUUUUUUUUUUUUCUUCUUCACAGAAUAUUUGCUUAACCAGGUCAGAGUUUAAGCCUGCUCUUAAAUUCAAGUGAAGAUUUUCUGCAUAGGUUUCAAGGCAGACUUAUGUUACUAUUCUGUUCUAUAUUGAGCUCUGGUCUCUUCUUUAUAAUCAGGACUGUUAAAGCCAUAACAUUAUAGAUCCAUACAUUAUUUUAAGAUGAUAUGUAGUUUGCAUGGCAUUAAUUUCUGAAAUGUAUCGUCAUGCUUUCAGAACUUCUAUUUCUUCAGAGCUUCAAAUGUUUUGUGUGUUCUAUAUUAGACCUUAAUCUUAAAAUGUACCAAUGUUUUUACUGAAAUUAAACUGUGCAUGGUUCUUUUGCAUGUGUGUUCAAAUGAAAUAAAUGUUCAGUGCUCA